GCGUAUUAUUGAGUCAUAUGUCGAAAAACGGCAGGGUACUACAUAUGGACCUCCUAACCAACGAUCAAUGACUGUAUUCAUAGAUGACAUUAACAUGCCAGUAAUUAAUGAGUGGGGGGACCAAAUUACAAAUGAGAUCGUUCGUCAAAUGAUCGAGCAACGGGGAUUCUAUUCUUUAGAUCGUCCAGGAGAUUUUUCUACUAUAAUGGAUAUUCAAAUGUUGUCAGCCAUGAUUCACCCAGGUGGUGGUCGCAAUGACAUCCCAAAUCGUUUGAAACGACACUUGUGUAUUUUUAAUUGUACACUACCAAGUAAUAGCUCCAUUGACCAAAUUUUUAAAAGCAUUGGUGUGGGUUACUUUAGCCCUAGUCGAUUUGAAGAAGAUGUCGUAGAGAUAAUACCAUUUUUAGUACCACUGACUCGAGUUUUUUGGCAAAAUGUUAAAAUAAAAAUGUUGCCCACUCCAGCUAAUUUUCAUUAUGUAUUUAACCUAAGGGACCUUUCACGAAUCUGGGAAGGUAUUCUCAAAGUAAAAACUGAAGAAUGCAGCACAGUAGAGCAGGUGUUAAAAUUAUGGUGCCAUGAGUGUACAAGAGUUAUUGCAGAUCGCUUUACUGCUGAGAAGGAUAAAUCUUGGUUUUUAGCUCGAAUGCGGAUUGACGCAGAAUCACAUUUAGAAGAUAAUUUUGAACAAUUUCCUGAUGAACCAUCUUAUUGGGUCGAUUUUCUGCGGGAUGCUCCAGAACCGAUGGAAGAUGACGACGAGGAUAUGUCAUUCGAGCCACCUAAGAUAUAUGAGGAAAUACCAAGUUUUGAAUUUGUAAAAAAUAAAGUAAUGAAUUUUAUGUUACAAUUUAAUGAGAACAUACGCGGCUUCAAUAUGGAUCUCGUAUUUUUCUCUGAUGCUCUGAAACAUUUGAUGAUUAUUUCCCGCAUACUUAGUAAUCCGCGUGGAAACGCAUUACUUGUAGGUGUAGGUGGAUCGGGUAAACAAAGCUUAACACGAUUGUCUUCAUUUAUGGCUGGAUACAAGUUUUUCCAAAUUACCUUGACACGUUCCUAUAAUACGGGAAACUUAACAGAAGACUUAAAGUUUAUGUAUCGAAUAUCUGGAUUAGAUGGCAAUGGAAUGACGUUCAUAUUUACAGAUAAUGAAAUAAAAGAAGAGUCGUUUUUAGAAUUUAUUAAUAACAUAUUAAGCUCUGGAGAAAUAGCGAACCUGUUCGCUAAAGAUGAAAUGGACGAAAUUUACAAUGAACUUAUUCCAAUAAUGAAAAAACAACAACCAAGAAGACCUCCAACUCAAGAAAACCUUUAUGAUUUUUUUAUUACACGCGCUCGAUCGAACCUACACAUUGCUCUUUGCUUCUCACCGGUGGGCGAAAAAUUUCGGCUCCGUUCCUUAAAGUUUCCAGGUUUGAUAUCCGGUUGUAUAAUUGAUUGGUUUCAAAAAUGGCCAAUAGAUGCAUGUGUGGCAGUUUCUCGACAUUAUCUCGGAGAUCUGGAACUUGUUUGUAGUGGUAAAGUUAAAGAUCACGUCGUUGAUAUUAUGAGUUGGAUUCACGAGUCUGUACAAGAUGCUUGCUUUAGUUAUUAUGAUCGUUUCCGUCGUUUGACAUUUGUCACACCAAAAUCCUUAAUAUCCUUUUUGGAAAGCUACAAAAUUCUUUAUAAACAAAAGCAAGUUCAUAUUGUCAUUAUGUCAGAACGUAUGAGUUCGGGCUUAGACAAAUUGGAUGAGGCAGGUGCAUCUGUAUCUGUACUUAAAAAGGACUUAAUUGAAAUGAAUAAAGUUAUUGUAGUAGCUUCUGCAGAAGCGGAGGAAGUUUUGGCCACUGUUGAACAAUCAAAAGCCGCAGCCGAAAUUGUCAAAGUGGAAGUGGCGCAGAAGAAAGGCUCAGCAGAAGUUCUUGUAAAAAACAUUUCUGCUGUAAAACAAGUAGCUGAAGCUAAGUUAGAAAAAGCAUUACCUGCCUUAGAGGAAGCAGAAGCAGCACUUAAAACUAUAAAAGCCGCUGAUAUUGCAACUGUUCGUAAGCUUGGAAAACCUCCAUAUUUGAUAACUUUAAUUAUGGACUGUGUCUGUAUAUUAUUCCGUCGCCAAAUAAAGCCUAUUCGACCUGAUACUGAAAAAGCUUUUAUACAAAGCUCAUGGGAUGAGUCUCUUAAAGUGAUGUCUGACACAAGUUUUCUUAGAAAAAUUGUUGAAUACCCAACGGACUUAAUCAAUGCGGAAAUGGUUGACAUGAUGAUACCAUACUUUCAGUAUCCGUAA